AUGGAGGCCCCGCCCGACUCCGGGCCCCAAGCCUCGGCCUCGGCCUUGGCUCCGUUGCGCGCUUCGGAGGUGGCGCGGCUCCGUGAGGAGCAGGAAAAGGUGGUCACUAACUGCCAAGAGAAAAUCCAGCACUGGAAGAAGGUAGAUAAUGACUAUAAUGCCCUUCAAGAAAGACUCAGUACAUUGCCUGAUAAAUUGUCUUAUAAUAUCAUGGUAUAUAUAAGAAAAACAAUAGAUGACUUAAAAAAAGUGAUGAAAAAUUUUGAAUCCAGAGUUGAAUUCACAGAAGACUUGCAGAAAAUGAGUGAUGCUGCAAGUGAUAUUGUUGACAUAAGAGAAGAAAUUAAAAAUGACUUUGAAUGUAAAGUAAAACACCGAAUUGCUCAUAAACCUCACUCCAAACCAAAAACUUCAGAUAUUUUUGAAGCAGAUUUUGCAAAUGAUGUAAAAUACAAGGAUUUGCUUGCUGAUCAGGAACUGUGGGCUCGCCUUGAAGAACUAGAGAGACAAGAAGAAUUGCUGGGUGAACUUGAUAGUAGACCUAGUACUGUGAUUUCAAAUGGGGAAGAUACAACUUCUUCUGAAGAGGAAAAGGAGGAUCAAAAUACACGUGUGAAAACGAAGUGUCAAGUAACAGACUCUGUUAUUCCCAGCGGGUGUCAUAAUGAUUCAGAACUAGUCAAUGGUCAAGUGAAUAGUCACUUGAAUUGUUCAGUGAAUGGUUCAAAUUCUUAUCACAGUAAUGAAGAUGAUGAUGAUGAUGAUGAUGAAGAUGAUGACAUUGAAAAUGAACAUGAUGCUUUAGGGGUUGGAGAUAAUUCUGUACCAACAAUAUAUUUUUCUCAUACUGUUGAACCUAAGAAGGUUCGAAUAAAUACUGGAAAAAAUACCACUUUAAAGUUCAGUGAAAAGAAGGAGGAAGCCAAACGUAAACGGAGGAGUGGUUCUGGUGGUGCUCAUUCUGCCCAUGAGCCGCCCACCAUCAGGACUCCUGCUGACAUUUACAGGCAGCAUGGCCAUCAAGUACCAGCUGACAUGGAAAAGCCAGAGUUUGACACUUCGGCUUUUUCUGGAACUGUAAUAGAAAAAGAAUUUUUAUCACCCUCCUUACCACCACACCCAGCCAUUUCUCAUCCAGUGCUACCCACCAUUCCAGAACGAAAAGAAGUUAUGUCAGAAGCAUCAGAAGAAACAACAAAGAGGGUUUCAAAGUUCAAAGCUGCCAGAUUGCAACAGAAAAACUAG